AUGUGUUUCAUUGAUUUUGCGGCUGCCUUCAAUUCAAUUGAUAGCGGUGCCUUGGAGGAUGAUGGAACGCUAUGGUAUCCCAGAAAAGAUCAUUCGACCCUUCGACCCAUAUUUUAUGGGCGCAGGUCUAUAGUCAUAAUUGGCAAUAAAGUGAUAGUAAACGAAGCAUUCAAACUUGGUGAACUUCUCGAAGAUAGAGGAUGUCGACUUACGGAUGUUUCUUGCGGCGAUAAAUUGAUGUUUCGUCCAAUCAAAAAGCGCUCUUAUAGUAAUGCGCAUAAAUCACCAUUAACUGUUAAAUGCAUUCAACGUUGCUCAUGUAGAAAUUCUAAUCACAUAGAAAAAAAUGGUAAAUGCAUUAGACAGAUGGAUACGAUGAAAGAUGGAAAAGCUAAUAAAUGCAAAAUGGAAUCGUGCAAAGUCAACGAAAUAGUCCUCGAUACAGGUUGCCAUUUAACGGGGCAUAAAUGUGGAGUGAAUAUGGUAUUCAGGACCAUUAGCGAAGAAAGAAAUGACUCAUUAGCACUUUGGUAUUGUGUCCAACGAUGCUCAUGCGAGAGGGAGGAAUUUGUAGCAAAAACAUUUCAUUGUGAACGGGCUAAAAUUCAAUUAAAAAGCGAUAUGGUUACGAACGAAUAUCUUCAAUGGUACUAUGAAGGAGGAUAUUAUAAACCUGGAAAAAUAGUCUUUGAUUAUGGCUGUGCGCUUACGGGUCGAGAAUGUGGAGCUAAUAUGAUAUUCGUCAGGCAAAGAAAUGACACCGAUUAUUGUAUUCAGAUUUGCAAAUGUAUAAAUGACGACUAUAUCGAAAGCGACGGGCAAUCAAUCGAACGUUUCACCAGUAAAGGGCGUCGAAAACUCAUUGAGGUCGGCCAUAUAUUCGGAGAUUUUGGCUGUUUUUCAACUAAUACUGCAUGUGGAACCAAUAUGAUAUUUCGUCCAUUCAUACAUUUCUAUAAUAUAACCGAUUCAAUAUCGCACGAAAAGUGUUUGCAACGUUGUUCGUGUAUAAAUGAUAAAUACGUAGAGGAAAAUAAACAGUGCAUUGAGCGUACUCAAAAUCUGAACUCACUAAAUGAGGUUAAUAUGGGAUGUCAAUUAAGUGGUCAGAAAUGUGGAGUUAAUAUGUAUUUUAUUCCAUUCGCUGUAAAUUUGUCGGCGAAUAUAUGCACGCAGCAUUGUCACUGCGACAAUGAACUUUUUGUACUAAAUGGCGAACAAUGCAUUAAUCGAAACAAUUUAUUCAGCAGCACUCUUGAGAAUAAUAUUAGCGAAUCAAAAGGAAGAGAGGAAGAACACAAUUCACUAAAUUGCUUGUACGGGAACUGUUUGCUUUCUCAAGAAAUCCUUGAUUAUGGUUGUAAAUUAGACGGACAACCAUGUGGACCGAAUAUGACGUUUCGAUUAAUCGAUAAAGAAGAACUUGGAGAUAAAGAGAUUCUUGGCGUUAAAUGUACUGCGAUUUGUGAAUGUGCCAGUGAAUUUUACGAAAACGAAGGACGGUGCAUGAAGAUGGACCAAUAA